AUGUCUUCAUUACCACGUCCGAUAAGUUGGCCCCCUGUUGGAGAUGUUAGAACGGAAGACAACCAACCCAACCCACUGAGCUCAGUCGAUGGGUACUCAGACAAUAUCGCACCCAACGUGGGCUAUUCCAGCGUGAGGGACGUUCAAGGCCAACUGAUCUCAGGGGGGAUUACUGGAAUUGUGGAGCUCCUUGACGAUGGGACUGCACUCAAGGCACCAUAUCCAGGUUCUGAGAUCGAAAACAAUAUCAUAGAUAUCGCCAAAGAAGCCAGUAUCUAUCGUCGCAUUGGACCGCAUAAGAGGCUUGUUCGGAUGCUAGGUCAUUCCAGGGAAGGUCUUGUGCUUGAAUAUAUGAAAAACGGUGAUCUCAAGACAUAUGGCUCACGACUCGGUAUCGACGAGCCUCAAAUUGAAAUGGGCGUACCAAGUCGCAGAGGCUGUCGAUCUCUUGCAUAG